UUCGUCAGAAGUCGCGUCCUGCCCAGUUGCGCGAGACUCCAACGGGCCUUCUUGCGACGCUCGGGUCUGGGUCCGGGUCCGGACGUGCAACAGAAGCCGUCAGUGGCCCCGCUGGCUAAAAAAGGGCAAGCGUCGGAGGCUCGAGCCAGCGGCCGCGGCGCUUCCCGACAGUUCCUAAUUCGGGGCGCUACGCCGGCCCCACCACCUGUUCCCGGCAGCCAAUGGGGCCGCGGGGGGCGGCCGGGGCGGAGCGCGGCUACAAAAGGCCUCGGGCCCCGCGCGCCCGCCCACCCCGCUCCGGGCGCGCUCUCGGGGAGGGUUGGACCGACGCGGCCCAGGGGCCAGGAACAUUCCGCGCGUGGACCAGCCGGGCCAGGGCGAUGCUGCGGGUGCGGUGUCUGCGCGGCGGGAGCCGCGGCGCCGAGGCGGUGCACUACAUCGGAUCUCGGCUUGGACGAACCGUGACAGGAUGGGUGCAGCGAACUUUCCAGAGCACCCAGGCAGCUACGGCUUCCUCCCGGAACUCCUGUGCAGCUGACGACAAGGCCACUGAGCCUCUGCCCAAGGACUGCCCUGUCUCUUCUUACAACGAAUGGGACCCCUUAGAGGAAGUGAUAGUGGGCAGAGCAGAAAACGCCUGUGUUCCACCGUUCACCAUCGAGGUGAAGGCCAACACAUAUGAAAAGUACUGGCCAUUUUACCAGAAGCAUGGAGGGCAUUAUUUUCCCAAAGAUCAUUUGAAAAAGGCUGUUGCUGAAAUUGAAGAAAUGUGCAAUAUUUUAAAAACGGAAGGAGUGACAGUAAGGAGGCCUGACCCCAUUGACUGGUCAUUGAAGUAUAAAACUCCUGAUUUUGAGUCUACGGGUUUAUACAGUGCAAUGCCUCGAGACAUCCUGAUAGUUGUGGGCAAUGAGAUUAUCGAGGCUCCCAUGGCAUGGCGUUCACGCUUCUUUGAGUACCGAGCGUACAGGUCAAUUAUCAAAGACUACUUCCACCGUGGCGCCAAGUGGACAACAGCUCCUAAGCCCACAAUGGCUGAUGAGCUUUAUAACCAGGAUUAUCCCAUCCACUCUGUAGAAGACAGACACAAAUUGGCUGCUCAGGGAAAAUUUGUGACAACUGAGUUUGAGCCAUGCUUUGAUGCUGCUGACUUCAUUCGAGCUGGAAGAGAUAUUUUUGCACAGAGAAGCCAGGUUACAAACUACCUAGGCAUUGAAUGGAUGCGUAGGCAUCUUGCUCCAGACUACAGAGUGCAUAUCAUCUCCUUUAAAGAUCCCAAUCCCAUGCAUAUUGAUGCUACCUUCAACAUCAUUGGACCUGGUAUUGUGCUUUCCAACCCUGACCGACCAUGUCACCAGAUUGAUCUUUUCAAGAAAGCAGGAUGGACUAUCAUUACUCCUCCAACACCAAUCAUCCCAGACGAUCAUCCACUCUGGAUGUCAUCCAAAUGGCUUUCCAUGAAUGUCUUAAUGCUAGAUGAAAAACGUGUUAUGGUGGAUGCCAAUGAAGUUCCAAUUCAAAAGAUGUUUGAAAAGCUGGGUAUCACUACCAUUAAAGUUAACAUUCGUAAUGCCAAUUCCCUGGGAGGAGGCUUCCAUUGCUGGACCUGCGAUGUCCGGCGCCGAGGCACCCUACAGUCCUACUUGGACUGAACAGGCCUGAUGGAGCUUGUGGCUGGCCUCAGAUACACCUAAGAAGCUUAGGGGCAAGGUUCAUUCUCCUGCUUUAAAAAGUGCAUGAACUGUAGUGCUUUAAACAAUCAUCUCCUUAACAGGGGUCGUAAGCCUGGUUUGCUUCUAUUACUUUUCUUUGACAUAAAGAAAAUAACUUCUGCUAGGUAUUACUCUCUACUCCUAAAGUUAUUUACUAUUUGGCUUCAAGUAUAAAAUUUUGGUGAAUGUGUACCAAGAAAAAAUUAGUCACCUGAGUAACUUGGCCACUAAUAAUUAACCAUCUACCUCUGUUUUUAAUUUUCUUUCCAAAAGGCAGCUUGAAAUGUUGGUCCUAAUCUUAAUUUUUUUUCCUCUUCUAUAGACUUGAGAAUGUUUUUCUCCAAAUGAGAGAAAGACUUAGAAUGUACACAGAUCCUAAAUAGAAUCAGAUUAUCUCUUUUUUUCUAAAGGAGAGAAAGACUUAGAACAUACACAGAUCCUAAGUAGAACCAGGUAAUUGUCUCUUUUUCUAAUAAGGAAUUUGGGUAAUUUUUAAUUUUUUGUUUUUUAAAAAAUAACCUACACUAUGCAAAACAUCAAAGUGAAUUUUCCAUGAAUGUUUUUAAUAUUCUCAUCUCAACAUUGUGAUAUAUGCUACUAAAAACCUUUUCAUAUACAUCUUACCUCAUUUCAAGUGAAUUAUUUUAAUCUUUUCCUCUUUCCAAAAAUUUACAGGAAUGUUUAGUGUAAUUGGAUUUCGCUAUCAGUUCCCAUCCUUAAGUUUUGAUAUUCAAUAUCUGAUAGAUACACUGCAUCUUUGGUCAUCUAAGAUUUGUUUACAAAUGUGCAAAUUAUUUAGAGCAUAGACUUUAUAAGCAUUAAAAAAAACUAAUGGAGGUAAAACCUAAAUGCGAUGUGAAAUAAUUUUAGUGUUGAUACUAUAUGUGUAUUUUUAUUCUAAUAAACUCUUGUGUUCCAGAUUGAA